AUGCCAGAAAUCAGACUUAACUGUCUUGUUGUUCCUAGUAACUAUCCAGUCGAGAGAAUCACACGACAUCAUGUCAUUACAAUCAAAAUAGACAAUGGCGAAUCUAUCCAUUCGCUCAGAAAACAAAUUAAAGAAGAAUAUUCACCUCGGUUUGAUGAUAUUCCAAUUAAUGAAUUCAUGGUCCGUGCGAUCGAUUUAAAUUUGGAUAAAAAAGAAGCAACAUUUAAUGCUGAAUCAGUAAUGAAUAGUGUACAAAAUAAGACUAAGAUAGGAAGUGAGAAAUUCCCAAUGUCUGAUAUUAUUGAACAUUUUCCUGGUCAGCCUUCCCAAAAAGAUAUUCACAUUUUAGUAUAUUUAGAUAUUCAAGCAUCUCAGUAA